GAGGACGCGGGGAGGGUGCCAACGAAUUUGGGGAGCUUAUGGAAGGAGCCCAGGGAUUGAACGUGAGGCUCUCAAGCCGACGUUCGAAGGAAAAGACGAAGGCCUUUUGCUUGGGUCCAUCCCCUCUCGUAAUUUCCUCUUUGAGCCUCCCUGAUCCGCAGCAGUCUACCUUGAAAAUGAGCAAUCAGGGAGCCUAGUUUGGGGAAUCUGGCUUGAUUCAGGGGGAGGAUCAUAGUUCGUAAAUGCGGUGAAAGAAUGAACGAACGGACAGGCUUUUUGCUUUUUCUCUCUUUUACGCCUGAGUUUCUAGGCAACAAGGGGUCCUCCUGAUACCCAAGGAAGGAUGGAGGACGAAGAGGAAUCGGGGCCCACAAUCAGAGACAAUCUGACCGGCAUGCUGAUCAUAUCUAUGUUGGUAUCUUAUCUCGGAUACUUUCAAUACGGCUACACCGUCUUGGUGGUCCAUAACCCGGCUUCGCACCUCAUCUCCAACAUUACAAAGAUGGAAAUGAAGAAUCUGAAAGUUUUCUGGUUCGCCUUGUCGCCCGCUGUGAUAUUCUUCCCUGUGGGAGGGGUCACUGGCGUUGUGUUGUUCGGAAACCUGGUUGACAAAUACGGCAGAAGGUACCUCUUGCUGUUGAAUAACGCCUUCAGUUUGCUCGCCUCUGCCUUCCUGUGCCUUUCCAACAUCAUACAGAUCUUCAAAUUCACAAUUUUCGCCAGUUUUAUUACAGGGAUAUGCGCAGGUAUCUUCUCCUGCUGUGUCCCUAUAUACCUCUUAGAGGUAUCCCCCACCCCCAUGAGAGGAUCUCUGACCGCGACCUCAGUCCUCUUCUUCAUCUUCGGCAUUGUGAUCGGUCAGAUAUUAGGACUCCCCCAGAUUUUGGGGAACAAAGAAGGUUUCCCAUUAUUGGCCGCUGUACUGGGUGUCAUUGCUACCGUUUGCAUUUUGCUACUGCUGAUCUGUCCGGAAAGCCCCCGGUUUUUAUUCAUUCAGAUGAAGGAUGAAACAAAAGCAAGAGAAGUCUUAAAAAGCUUGCGGGUGCAGGAGGACGUGGAAGACGAGAUUCAGGAACUCCAGAAGGAAGACCUUUACGAAUACGAGGGCAACGAGAAAGAGAUAACAAUCUGGAAACUCUUAUGCAUGCAGAAAUUUCGGUGGCCUAUCAUCACCGUCAUCGUUUUUAUGGCUGGAAGCCAACUCUCAGGCAUUAACGGGCUGUUCUUUUACGCCGAGAAAAUCUACGAAGCUAUGCAAUUAUCCAAGAAGAACGCAAAUAUCGUUUCUUUAGCUAUCAGCGUCAUCGCCAUCUUCAUCAUUCUCACCGCGAUCAAUGUGAUUGAGACGUGGGGGCGGCGAAUUCCUCUCAUCAUGGGCUUCAUGAUCUGUAGCAUGACCUGCAUUCUGUUAACGUUCACCCUCGAAUUCCAGGUCUACAACCCUCUGAUGGCUUACCUUAGCCUGAUUUGCAUUAUUCUCUUUUUAAUUGGGUACAUGUUAGGACCAGCAUCAAUCCGCAUCGUCAUCCUGGGAGAACUUUUCCUUCAGUCGAGCCGGGCCUCGGCUUACAUGGUUGGAUGCUGUGCGGUGUGGUUCACGCGCGUUGUCUCUGGGCUGAUCCUUAUCCAAUUGGAGUUACUCCUGGGCCCCUACUCUUUGCUGGUCUACUGGCCCUCCUGCGUGGCCACCUUCAUUUACCUUUUCAAGAUGAUCCCCGAAACGAAGGGCAAAUCCUUUCUGGAAAUCCAGAAGGCCAUGGCCGAGCGCUCAGCCAAACCAAAGAAGAACAAGCAACUUGAAAUCACAGAAAAUAGCUGAAUUUAUUAAAAGGAAAUGAUUGCUGAUUUUCAAAGGAGGGCCCACCGAGACGCCUUAUUGCUGCCUUUCCGUGCGUGUUGUCCGCUGUUUCUCUUUCUUGGAGGGUUAAACUAGGUCUCCUUUCCCCUGGAUUUCAGCUCUUCUGUUCAGCCAGGAUGUACGAGCCAAGAAUUUGGCCCUAAAUAUUUUAAGCCUCCUCAUUCUGCAGAUUUCUCUGGAAUAACUAACUAGAACGCAAGUAGAUCCUUGUUGAGGAUUGGAUUUUGAUGGCCUUGAAGACAGUUCCGGGCAUCUGGGCACUGUUAGCGCCCGCGUUGGUCGCUCUCACAAAAUGGCCACCGAGGAGGGGCGUGGCCUGUCCCGAAAGAGAAGAAGUGGGGCUAUUUGUACCACAAUCCCUUAAUUUCACCCCCCCAAAUCUUUGUUUGCAGGGCCACCAUGGGACCCUCACUACUGCUAGAAAUAAAGAUAUUUGGAGUGG